AUGUUGAGUAGUCUGCUGCUUGGGGGUCUUCUGGGUCUAGCGACCGCUCAAUUUCCUCCCGAGCCGGAAGGCAUCACUGUGCUCAAGUCCAAGUUGCAUGAGAAUGUGACUAUUUCUUUCAAAGAGCCUGGAAUUUGCGAAACUACGCCGGGUGUCCGAUCUUAUUCGGGCUAUGUACACCUUCCCCCCGGUUUCCUUUCCGACGGGACAGGAGAAGUGCAGGAUUAUCCUAUCAACACCUUCUUUUGGUUUUUCGAAGCCCGCAAAGAUCCCAGCAAUGCGCCUCUGGCCAUCUGGCUCAAUGGCGGUCCGGGUGGCUCGUCGCUCAUGGGGCUCCUUGAAGAAUUAGGUCCUUGUUCCAUUGCAUCAGACUCCAAGACCACAGUCCUCAAUCCUUGGAGUUGGAACAAUGAAGUCAAUCUUCUAUUCCUUGACCAGCCAACUCAAGUCGGCUUCUCAUACGAUGUCCCAACAAAUGGCACUUUGGUUCGGACUGCGGACGGCGAAGAAGAGAUAGUUUCCGGUGAUUUCUCCAUUGAUGUUCCCCAGUCCAACUUCACCCAUCAUGUUGGUACCUUUGCAAGCCAGAAGCUUGCACAGACAGCUAAUGGGACUGCAUUCGCGGCUCACGCUCUAUGGCAUUUCGCGCAAACCUGGUUUUUCGAGUUCCCACACUACAAGCCAAACGAUGAUCGUGUCAGUCUCUGGGCUGAAAGUUACGGAGGCCAUUAUGGUCCAGGCAUCUUUCGGUUCUUCCAACAGCAGAAUGACAAAAUCGCAGAGGGGACUGCAGAAGACGGUGCACAGUAUUUGCAUCUCGACACGCUUGGCAUUGUGAACGGCUUGAUGGAUAUGGUGAUCCAAGAAGAGGCUUACAUUACUUGGCCAUACAAUAACGUAAGGCUCGCCCCUUCUUCAUUCAACUCGCGAGGCUUUCGCGAUCAGGCCCUCGCCUGCGAAGCGGCUUUGAAAGAACGCGAUUCCGGCUUGCCUCACUCAGGGAAGAAUAUCUCUGAAAUUUGCGGAGGCCUUGCACUAGAAUGGGGAGAUGGCCCCAUCACCUACUACCACACCUUCAAUCGCGGGUGGUACGACAUCGCCCAUCCUAAGAACGACCCAUUCCCUGCCAAGCACAUGCUCGGAUAUUUGACGCAGGAGUCCGUCCUUGCCGCUCUUGGGGUACCAGUCAAUUUCACAUCGUCUUCGAGUGCCGUGGCUACACAGUUCAUAAAAACCUUUGAUAUCGUCCACGGCGGCUUCCUGGAUGCAAUUGGCUACCUCCUCGACAGUGGUGUAAAAGUACACAUGAUGUACGGAGAUCGUGAUUACGCCUGCAAUUGGGUCGGGGGCGAAAAAGCCAGCCUUGCAGUUCCGUAUUCCCGUAUCACCGAAUUUGCCGACACGGGAUACUCCCCACUCCUUACGCCCGACGGGAUCAGCGGCAUGACCCGCCAGCUGGGCAACUACAGCUUCACUCGCGUCUUCCAAGCCGGGCAUGAGGUCCCCUCCUACCAGCCUGUCGCGGCGUAUGAGAUCUUCAUGCGGGCGACAUUCAACAAAGAUAUCCCUACUGGCCUCUUGGCUGUUGAUGACGAAUUCCAGUCGGUUGGACCUAAGGAUACGUGGCAUAUCAAGAAUAUCCCUCCUAUUAUGCCAAAGCCGCAGUGCUAUGUUCUAAGUCCCGGCACGUGUACCCCGGAGGUUUGGGAGACCGUUUUGAACGGAUCCGCGACGGUAAAGGAUUGGUAUGUCGUGGAUGAUAGCGCGGGUGUUGAGGACCACGAGGGGUUCAGCAUUCUUGGAGGGGAUGAGUUGUAG